GUACUUCAAGGUCUCACGGGUGAGUGACGUCACCGAUUUAAACGCGACUCACGAAGUUUUUUUAAAAUAAAGUACUACUAGCGCUCUACUAACUAGCUAGCCAUUUCACACCGGUCAUACUCAUACAGUACCAGCCAAAGAUAUUGAAAGCACUGUACACAUGUUGUGCCCAAACACUGGUCUUAUAAUUAGCUACGACAGAGCAGAGAAUCUCUUGAUAUGGUUAUAAGGCUUCACACAUUCUAAAAUAUGUGGAAUGGGACAUACGACUGCGCAUGGCCUGUGCCCCACCCACCAGUAAAUACAACUAUUGUAGCGAAAUGAGCAAUGUUAUGAUAUUGCAGCACACAGUGUCCUUUUUUAUUUUACUAACCUAGCUAAAUGUUUGGUUUUGUCAUUUAACAUUUUACGAGUAGCAGUGCUUUACCCUCGUGGUCGUCAUUAUCACGCCUUCCUGGAAACAGAAGACUUUCUUUGCUCUUGAGCACGUUCAAUGGGUCUGGCUGCUUCAUGCGUGCCGACGAGUCUGCUCUACCCAACAAUAGCUAAUUGAAAAGUAACCUAAAAAUAUAUAUAUAUAUUUGGAAAGGAAUUGGUAAUCCCCUGUUAGGGUUUGCUCGCUUUUCUCCAGCCUGGGUAGCGGGGUAACGUUAGAUAGCCAAGCUAACAGUUAGCUACUAACUACAGUAGAAGGCUUCAGACAGGAAAAUGGCCAGUGUUUCAAUCCCUGAAAACACUACCGCACUUUUGCUGGAUAUUGAAGGAACUACGACACCAAUAACGUUUGUAAAGGACAUUUUAUUCCCAUACAUCAAAGAUCAUCUCGAGGAGUAUCUGUCGGCGCACUGGGAAGAAGAUGAAUGCAAACAAGACGUGCAUCUCCUUAAGAAACAGGUUGAGGAGGACCUGCGUCUGCACCGGGCUUGUGCGCAGCACUCCCUGGACCAGUCUGGGCACACGGACGAGGAGAAAGCCAUCAGGGAGGUGGUGGACAACGUGCUGUGGCAGAUGGCUUCGGACAGGAAGUCCACGGCUCUGAAACAGCUGCAGGGACACAUGUGGAGGGCGGCCUACGCUGCCGGGAGAAUCAAAGGCGAGGUGUACCAGGACGUGGUUCCAUCCAUCAGGAGGUGGAGACGGCAGGGCCUGAAGGUUUAUAUCUACUCCUCUGGCAGUGUGGAGGCUCAGAAACUACUGUUUGGAUACUCUGUAGAGGGAGACGUACUAGAUCUAUUUGAUGGCCACUUCGACACCAACAUAGGCACUAAAGUAGAAAGCAAAAGCUAUGUGAGGAUUGCAGAGAGAAUGGGCUGCCCACCUGAAGAAAUCAUGUUCCUGACAGAUGUCACACGAGAGGCCAAGGCAGCGGAGGAUGCUGGUGUGAACGUGGCUGUAGUGGUGCGGCCAGGGAACAUGGAGUUGACAGAGGAAGAAAGGUCUCACUAUAACCUCAUUACAACCUUCAGCCAACUGGAAGUGAAUGGCAGCGCUUAACACUGGAGAAGAGGGUAGGGGGAGGGGGUAGAAAUGCUGCCGUCUGAUUUUCCCCUUCACCUCCCCAAAGUGUAUGCUCAUUGACUCCCCCUUGGGGAUAUAAAAAAUGAUUGGUCUUCACAUGGGAGUUUUCACCAUAUAUCUUACACCUUUGCAUUGUUUUUAAAUCUGAGGGGGAGUAACGAAUGCACACUUCAGGGAGAACAAGGGUAGAGAAACAGAACACAACCAGAGAGUGGGAGAAUACACUCACUGGCCCUGUUCCCCUAGCACCUGCUGCCCUUAGGUCUAAAGGACUGGAACGGUAUAAGUGACGUGAUGGACGAUCCUCUGUUGUUGAACACAGGAACUGUCGGGUAUUCAGGCUACGCACAGUGUGGGUGGUGAGCAACAAGCACUAAGAGCCGUACCAGUCUGCACGUUUAAGGGACAUGACAGGGCUUCUUUUUUUUAACAUUUUAAAUAAAAACUAUUUAAGUUGA